CUUGGGUGCAGCUGGGCUAGGCGCCAGCGACCCCAAAAGGGACAAACGGUAGAAAAUAGAUGGACGGGUAGCAACUUGCAGGGAAGAAGCAGGAAGUCAGCGUUUGCGUUGUCGGAUUGGCUCAUUGGAGUCAAAGUGAAACCAGAUAACAGACUAUUACCAACGGCUGAAAUGGCUACCAACAAAAACGAGUAUCUCAGCUGACCGAAUAUGUCAACUAGGCGGAACAUUUCCACGAGUCCAAAGCAGAAAGAUGUUGGGAAGUCAUCAUUUGCUGAUAUUCACGAUUUGUUUCUUGACUGGACAUGCACUGGAGUGCCAUCCAACAACUGAGUAUCCCAAAAACGGACAAUGCUGUCCAAAGUGUCUGCCUGGAAGCCACGUUCGGGAUGAUUGCACCAAUAUCAGUGGCACAACAUGCAGGCCCUGCGUGAAAGGAACCUUCACAAGCGUAGCAACUGGGCUCACCACAUGUUUGCCAUGUACAAUGUGCCAUGGAGGUCUCCGGAUAAAGAAGGCGUGUACCAGGAGUUCAGACGCUGAGUGUCAACCACUUGAGGGUUUCUUCUGCGUGGACAGUGUUGAAGGCAGCUGUCAAAAUGCGCAGAAGCAAACAGUCUGUGAACCGGGACAAUACAUUCGCCAAGAAGGAACAGCCUUUGCAGACACUGUGUGCUCAAACUGCAGCGAUCAAACCUUCUCCGACGGAACAUCCACAACAUGUCAGCCACACACAAAUUGUGAAUCCCAACAUCUCUGUGUGAUACAACCAGGGACUACGUCAACUGAUGCCAAAUGCGGAACAAAUGAACGUUAUCUUGGAAAAAUAAUGGCUGCAAUGGUUUUCGUUGUAUCUUUGGGCAUAUUAAUCAUAUCUUGCAUAGUUAAAAAAACAGGAUCUCAACAAGACGAAAACAUUUCGCUGCGCGUCAAGUCAUCACCGGAGGAAUUCAAUAACACCGCAGAGAACCCCUCUUCCACAGACAGACAGACCACACAGGGGCGGUAUGACAUAGAACCCAGAUGAAGCAAACAGCUAAGCCAGGACGAACAACAGAAACAGAAAAGCCUAUAUAGUGACAUGAUAAGUGAAAACAGGUGCGUGACUAACUGUGAACAGGUGCGUGACAUGACAAUGUGAAAACGUGAGACAGGUGUGUGUGAGUCCAAACGUGGAACAGGUGAAACUAAUGAGUAACCAUGGAAACAAAACAAAACCAGGAACUAAGGAAGUGUCCAAAAAACAAAACAGCACAUGGCCAAACAAAAACAUGAACACAGACAUGACACAUGUGGUUCCUGUGGAUGUGAACACAAGUUAAAUAACAUAGUGACUGAAACAUAGUGAUUCAUUUGGAUGAAUGUGGUAUAAAUUUAUGUCAACUCUGUUGAUCAUUAUUCAAUUCUUUAAACAUCUUUUAAUGGUGUGUUUUUGGGGUUUUUUGCUAAUUUUUGCAUGUUCAAUUGCUGAAAAUCAGACCUUUGGCUCUUUUUCAGUCUUUUUCGUUAAGAUCAAAUCACAUGCCUGAUUACAUUAUCCCAUUUCCUUGUUCUUUGUUUGUAACAGAACAGUGAAUAAAUAUAUAAUAUACCAUAGUAAGUAAAACAAAAUAAAUACAUACAUAAUCAUUAUCUCAUUAAAACAAAAAAAAAGGUUCAAGAUGGUCAUCAUAAUUCUUCUUUUUUGUACUUUGUGAACAUUUGUAGUUUGAACAGUCUGUUAAACUGAAUCGUAUUAGUGCUUUGUUUGAUUUAUUUUCUUAAUCCAUCCCACAAUUUAAUUCCACAUACUGAUAUGCGAAAGGUUGUCAGUGUUGUACGUACACUACCGUUCAAAAGUUUGGGGUCACCCAAACAAUUUUGUGGAAUAGCCUUCAUUUCUAAGAACAAGAAUAGACUGUCGAGUUUCAGAUGAAAGUUCUCUUUUUCUGGCCAUUUUGAGCGUUUAAUUGACCCCACAAAUGUACAGCUCCAGAAACUCAAUCUGCUCAAAGGAAGGUCAGUUUUGUAACUUCUGUAACAAGCUAAACUGUUUUCAGAUGUGUGAACAUGAUUGCACAAGGGUUUUCUAAUCAUCAAUUAGCCUUCUGAGCCAAUGAGCAAACACAUUGUACCAUUAGAACACUGGAGUGAUAGUUGCUGGAAAUGGGCCUCUAUACACCUAUGUAGAUAUUGCACCAAAAACCAGACAUUUGCAGUUAGAAUAGUCAUUUACCACAUUAGCAAUGUAUAGAGUGUAUUUAUUUAAAGUUAAGACUAGUUUAAAGUUAUCUUCAUUGAAAAGUACAGUGCUUUUCCUGCAAAAAUAAGGACAUUUCCAUGUGACCCCAAACUUUUGAACGGUAGUGCACAUACAAAUGUUUUAAAUCACAUUUUCCUCUAAGGUUAUAUUUCUCCUCUUGUUGAGAAGAAUUGUUGUACAUUCUUGGGUAGCCGGUUAUAGUUUGCUUUAUACAUAAUUGUAGCUGUUUGCAAAUGCACCAAAUCAUUACAUUUCAAUGUUUGUGAUAAAGGGUUUGUGUGUUCUCUAUAUCCAACAUUAUGUAUUAUUCUCACUGAUUUUUUUUGUAACACCGUUUGUGAAUAAAGUGUACUUUUGUAGUUGUUUCCUCAUCUUUGUGCCCAAUAACUCAGAUAUGGUAACACUAGCGAGCAGUAGAGAAUAUGUUUUGUGUCACUCAUUAUAGACAUACUUCUUGCCACCUUAUGUUGUAUAUUUAUGAGAUUUCCAGUUCAUUUUAUCAUCUAUUAUUACACCCAAAAAUGUUUUUUUUUUUUAACUCUGUCAAUGUCAACUCUGUCUUUUUGUAUUUGUGUUUGACUUUCUCUUCUACUGUUACCGAAUAUCAUUAUUUUAGUUUUACUGAGAUUGAAAGAUAGUCUGUUUUUGUCAAACCAUCUUUUUAAUUUGUUAAUUUCUUCUGUUAUUAUUUGUAUUAUCUUCUGUGAGUUCUCUCCUGAACUAAACACAGUUGUGUCGUCUGCAAAUAAUACUAACUUUAAGUCUUUUGUAACUUUACCAAUGUCAUUUGUACAAAGAUUGAACCAUUUUGGCCCCGGAAUUGAUCCCUGGGGUAUGCCACGAGAUAUUUUCAGCUCUGUAGAAGUGUGCUCGCCCAGCUCGGGAGUCAGCAACCCGUGGCUGCCCUAGUGACUCCCUGUAGCUUUUUCAAAAAUAUAUGAAAAUGGAAAAAUAAAUGUUUAUGUAUUAAAUAUAUUUUUUGUUUUAAUAUGGUUUGUGUAGGAGCAAACAUGACACAAACCUUCCUAAUUAUUAGAAAGCCCACUGUUUUAUGCUAUUUAGGCUAGUUGUAUGUACACUAUAUUGCCAAAAGUAUUUGGCCACCCAUCCAAAUGAUGAGAAUCAGGUGUCCUAAUCACUUGGUGUAUAAAAUCAAGCACUUAAGCAUGGAGACCGUUUCUACAAGCAUUUGUGAAAGAAUGGGUGGCUCUCAGUAAUUUCCAGCGUGGAACUGUCAUAGGAUCAAAGGUGGGUAGUAAUGCGCUACAUUUACUCCGUUACAUCUACUUGAGUAACUUGUGCGAUAAAUUGUACUUCUAAGAGUAUUUUUAAUGCAACAUACUUUUACUUUUAAUUUUACUUGAGUAUAUUUAUAAAGAAGAAAUGCUACUUUUACUCCGCUCCAUUUAACUACAUUCAGCUUGCUACUCGCUACUGAUUUUUAUCGAUCUGUUAAUGCACGCUUUGUUUGUUUUGGUUUGUCAGACAGACCUUCAAAGUAGGAUCUAUCGCAUGCCUGCGUUUCACCAAUCAGAUGCAGUCACUGGUGACGUUUGACUCCAUUUCACCAAUCAGAUGCAGUCACUGGUAACGUUGGACUCUGUUUCACCAAUCAAACAGAGCCAGGCGGUCACAUGACCGUCACACGUGGACCCCGACUUAAACAAGUUGAAAAACUUAUUCGGGUGUUACCAUUUAGUGGUCAAUUGUACGGAAUAUGUACUGUACUGUGCAAUCUACUAAUAAAAGUUUCAAUCAAUCAAUCAAAAGUACACCCUUACCGUCAACCUUUAUUGAAAAUGGGAUAUUCUUCAUCUCAGUAUGUUUUUCAUGACUGACUUAAUAAUUUUUUACAAAACUGCUGUAAUAAUCAUUCACUUAUGUCAUUGUGCUACAAAAAGAUGUCAGUAAAUGUACGUAUGUAUUUGUAAACGCUCUGAAUUGGGGAAAGGGGUAGGAUUAAAUAAGAUUUGCUUCUUCCUACUCCUUUUCGGACAUGACGUAAAGUGAAAUGAUAUGAAAUUGUGUGACGUAUUAUGCUGUAAGUGUGUUCAUGUUCGAAAUAAAAUAAAAAAAGAAGAAGAAAGAACAAGAAAGUGUGAAGGAAAAAAGACACUUUUUUAUUUCAACCGUACAUCCCGUCAAAAGCCUAAAGACUGACCGCACAGUUACCGUCUUCACAAUAAAAGUGCCGCUCCAUUGCGCCUGCGCUAACAAAAUAAGAGUCUCCGAAAGCCAGCGCAAACAAGCUAGCAAGCUACGGAGUUUGCCGCCAAUGUAUUUCUUGUAAAGUGUAUAAAAACGAAUAUGGAAGCUGGACAAAUAAGAUGCCAAAAACCAACCAUGUGGUAUUAGA